UGAUAGUGAGGAAUCUCAAGAUGGUGGCGCGAUUAUACAAGAUGAGCAAAUGUAUAUAGGUGACGAAUCUCCUUUUUCACCAUUACAUGUCGGAUCGCCUUCACAACAAGGUGAAGAAACUCCAGAAUUAUCACAAGGCACUCAAACCAAUA